AUGCCGGCUGUCGGAGGCUUUGAUAAGGGUACCGGGAAGGCCUAUCCCGGUAACCUUACUCCUUACGUGACUGUGACAUGUGUUGUUGCAGCCAUGGGUGGUUUGAUCUUUGGUUACGAUAUUGGAAUUUCUGGUGGGGUCACGUCCAUGGCUCCGUUCUUGCAGAAGUUCUUCCCUUCUGUGUACCGGAAGGAGGCUUUGGACAAGUCCACGAAUCAGUACUGUAAGUUUGAUAGUGAGACACUGACGUUGUUCACAUCGUCGCUUUAUCUGGCUGCUCUUCUCUCGUCGCUGGUGGCCUCGACGGUGACCCGAAAGUUCGGGAGAAAGCUGUCAAUGCUAUUCGGAGGACUGCUCUUUUGUGCCGGUGCCAUCAUCAAUGGCGCUGCUAAAGCUGUUUGGAUGUUGAUUGUCGGUCGUAUACUGCUGGGUUUUGGUAUUGGGUUUGCCAAUCAGUCUGUGCCGCUCUACCUCUCUGAGAUGGCUCCAUACAAAUACAGAGGAGCCCUCAACAUUGGCUUCCAAUUAUCCAUCACAAUUGGUAUUCUUGUGGCCAAUAUAUUGAACUACUUCUUUGCAAAGAUCAAGGGGGGUUGGGGAUGGAGAUUGAGCUUGGGUGGCGCUGUGGUCCCUGCGCUCAUCAUCACCGUCGGGUCCCUUGUCCUCCCGGACACACCCAACUCCAUGAUCGAGCGUGGGCAGCACGAGGGAGCGAAAACAAAACUGAGAAGAAUCCGGGGUGUCGAUGAUGUUGAAGAGGAAUUCAAUGACCUUGUUGUAGCCAGUGAAGCCUCCAAGCUUGUUGAGCACCCCUGGAGAAAUCUCUUGCAGAGGAAGUACAGGCCACACCUCACAAUGGCCAUCCUCAUUCCCUUCUUCCAGCAGCUUACCGGGAUUAAUGUCAUUAUGUUUUAUGCCCCUGUUCUCUUCAAAACCAUUGGCUUUGCGGAUGAUGCUUCCCUGAUGUCUGCUGUGAUAACCGGCGGGGUUAAUGUUCUUGCAACCAUAGUUUCAAUCUACGGUGUUGAUAAGUGGGGAAGAAGGUUUCUUUUCCUUGAGGGUGGCACUCAAAUGCUCAUAUGUCAGGUUAUUGUGGCAACGUGCAUUGGUGUUAAAUUCGGAGUUGAUGGAGAACGGUGCUUGCCCAAGUGGUAUGCCAUAGUUGUGGUGCUGUUCAUUUGCGUCUAUGUUUCAGGGUUUGCAUGGUCCUGGGGUCCUCUAGGUUGGUUGGUCCCUAGUGAAAUUUUCCCCCUGGAAAUCCGAUCUGCUGCACAGAGUGUAAACGUCUCCGUUAACAUGUUUUUCACAUUCAUCAUAGCCCAAAUCUUCUUAAAUAUGCUGUGUCACAUGAAGUUUGGUUUGUUCCUCUUCUUUGCCUUCUUUGUGGUGGUGAUGUCCUUCUUCAUUUACUUCUUCUUGCCUGAGACCAAGGGCAUCCCAAUUGAAGAGAUGGCUGAAGUAUGGAAAAGUCACUGGUUCUGGUCCCGGUAUGUCAACGAUGGUUCUUACAGCGGCGUCGAACUGGUCAAGGAAAACUACCCUGUUAAGAAUGUAUGA